AUGGCCCUGCAGGGUCACUCUGAGCCCCAGCCAGCCAACACCCCACCCUCAGCCACAGUGGGAGGCCCCAUCGGCCUCUUCACCCAACCACAGGGCCACUGUGCUGCACGGGACCUUGUGUGCUCCCGGGCAUGGCCAGACCCAUCUCACGCCCAAGGUGACGUCCUGGAGAUCUCAGUGCAGGCACCCGGCGGCAGUUCCUGCAGGAAGGAGGCCGUCCUGCCGCGCCUGCGGGUGACCCGGCCUCUGCUGCCAGAGCGCGCCAUCCUUCCUGUUUGUGCUGCCAGGCUGGCAGGGUCCCUUGCCACCGACCUCAGCCGCAGCCACAGCCUGCUCCCUCCCUGGGUGGAUUUGAAGGAGCCUCCCCCCCCCUCCCCCCCUAGCUUGCUCCUCCUUGAGGAUCCUGGGCAGGCUGGCUGCCAUGGGGCCCAGUCGUGUGUGGGAACCUGCGAGCGGGCAAACGGGGCUCGGGGGUUUUGCCCAGAAAUGGGUCAGAACGAAAGCCUCUCAGAGGAAAGAGGAGGGCAUGAGUCAAAGAGAAAGUCCGGGGGCAGGGUCUCUCCCUCAUCUCACCCCACCCAGGCCUCCUGACUCCCUGGGUUUGUGUGGACCCAGGCAGGCAGCCAACCCCAGCUCCGUGGUCUGUGAGCAUCGUGAUGAUCGGGACACAAGCUUUUCCCAGCUGAGCCUUCACUGUGGACCAGCUUCCCCGUGGAUGCCCACUGAACAGGCCUCAACCCAGUGGGCCCCACUCCAGACCAACAGCAGACCACUGGCCAGCUGCCCCCUGCAGACAGCGGCACCCGGGGCAGCAGCAAGGCAGUCCAGAUGCGUGUCUCGAGCGCCCCCUGGCGGCCUGCUGCAAAGCUACAUGGCUCCGGCAAGAAGGGAGACUGCCCUUUAUUCUCAGUAACAGGUGGAGCUGGGGGCUGGAAAGCCCCUCUGACCUCGCCUUUGGAAAGGUGGGUGUGCGCACGGAGCCUGGCAGGUGGCCAAGGGGACCCCCAAGUGGAGGGAUUGGUCGAGGGGCAGCACAGGGUGGUGCAGUCGGUGAGCCCAGCCCCUCCCCUCCCACUCUCAUCCCAUUGAGCCCCAGGGUGUGGGGGGAUCACGUCUGUGUCCUUGUUCUCCUCCAGGUGGAGCUGCUGGGUGGGGCUCUGGUCCUCCAGGGACCCACUCUGCACCCUAAGUUUUGCCGGGACCCGCUCCUCUGUGUUGUGUGGCUGUAGGGGAGGGCUGCA